AUGCCACCGGGCAUGGUAAGGCCGCGCGUAAACCUUCGUUCGCGCAUCGAACGGGAUGUUUACACUGUUUUGAAACAACUGGAAACAGCAAAUGGCAGUAGUCCAUUCAAAACAGUCACAGCAGCGUACGAUGCAAUCCAAAGAUCCAAUUCCAGCCUUAGGAGACAAAAGAAGAGGCCACUGGAGGAUGCCAUAGACCGCGUGCUCUUAUUCAGAAAACAGGAAGUUGAGGACUCGAGCGAUUCUGAAGCAGCGAUUGAGGAGGCCGAGCCCACCAAGCCGGAAGACGAGAGAUUUCUCUUAAAUCGACAGAUGACGAAACUUUGGCAGCAAGAACCACCAUCUAGCAAGACUGAGUCCAUGGAGCCAUCACCCGCCAAAAAGCGGCGGAUCCAAACUGAGCCUGAGGAUACGCCUGGUCAAACUAGUGCUGUCGAAACAGUUGUUAAUGGCAACAUUUCCGAAGGUCCUUCCAAUGCACAGAAACAAGAGAAACAGCAAACCAAGAAAAUCCAGAAACCCAGCCGGUUUACGGUCGAGCAUGUGGAUGAAGAGGUACCGCUGGGUGGUCUUGGGGAGAUAUAUGGCGAUCUCUUAGAGCACGGCUGCAGACUAUUACGAUUUGCCACCUACUACGAGGAAAACGGAUGGGAUAGAACAACCGGUAUUCUUUUGUCAGGCCCUUGUGGCAUGGGAAAGCGAUCACUAGUAAAGAAUGUGGCAUCAAUGCUCGGUGUUCCACUAGUGUCACUAAACGGAUGCCUCGAAGACCCUGAAAGAAUGGAAAGAAGCAUGGCCGAAGCCUUUGACGCAGCCAUAGCCCAAGCACCCAGCAUCGUAUUUGUCGGCGAAAUCGACCAGUACAUGUCCAAACCUGGCUCGUCCAACCACAACGAACACCACUCAAGGGCGGUUCGUCUCUUCACGCAGCAAAUGCAGCGUUUAAAACACCGGCGAGGAGAAGAUGGAUACGUCCUCGCUAUGGCUACAACCUCUAAAAUUGCAGAUGUCGACCAAGGAGUUUUGAAAACAGGCUUAUUCGAAAUAACCAAACAACUCAAGAUCCCAGAUUACGAAGCAAGACGAGACAUUCUCGCAACAGUAACAAAAAGAAAGACCCUUGCGGAAGACGUUGACGUGGAUGAGAUUGCGCGGAUAACACACGGCUUCGUGGCAGCUGAACUGGUUCUCAUUACCAAAUUGGCAACAGAACUAGCCGCCAAAUGUAUCAGCGAAGACGCUGAAUCCACCGACGUUCGCAUGUCAGAAAUGAAAACCGCCAUCCUCUCCGGAAACCGAGACUUCUUUUCUGCCAUGAGACCUCGCAUACGUCCCCUGGCACCGGUAUCAAUGGAAAAUUUCAAAUCCGCCAUCAAAGAUUUCACCCCUUCCCUGCGCAAAGAAGGCUUCACCGUCAUCCCCAACGUCACCUGGGAUCAAGUCGGCGCGCUCGAUAAGGCUCGCAAGCAACUACACAUGUCUAUCAUCGGCCCCAUCAAACGCCCGGAAGUGUACAAAGAAUUCGGCCUCAAGCAAACUGCCGGCAUUCUUCUCUGGGGUCCCCCAGGCUGUGGCAAAACCCUUGUCGCCCAAGCCAUCGCCAACGAAGCCAAAGCAAGCUUCAUCCUAAUCAACGGGCCAGAACUCCUAAACAAGUACGUGGGAGAGUCUGAGCGGGCAGUACGAGAACUCUUCCAGCGUGCGCGCUCCUCAACACCCUGUAUCCUCUUCUUCGACGAAAUCGACUCCAUCGUGCCCCCUCGAGCAAACUCCUCAACCGACUCCGGCGCACGUGUAGUCAACGCACUGCUCACUGAACUCGAUGGCGCGCAGGACCGAACAGGCGUCUACGUAAUCGGCACCACGAACCGCCCCGAAAUGAUCGACGAGGCUAUUCUCCGUCCCGGCCGUCUCGGCGUCCAACUCUUCAUUGAUCUUCCCACCCCAUCAGAGCGCGUCGAUAUCCUUCGCGCCAUCUACAGAACUCGACAUGAGAACCCUUCCCCAACUGCAAUGGAGGGUCUCGCAUCCAUAGCCCAAGAUAACCGUUGUAAGAACUUUAGCGGCGCCGAUUUAAGUGGUUUACAUGCAAAAGCGGCAGAGAGUGCAUUGGAGAGGUGGAUGCAGGACGAGACGUCUAGCAAGGAAAUGAUUGACGCGGACUGGGAGUUUGCGCUGGCGAAUACAAAGUCCAGUGUGAGGGAUCCAGAGUCUUAUAGAGGGAGGGAUAUGAUUCUGUGA